AUGCAUCUCCCCCGGUUUUUGGUGGCAACACUGUCGGCCCUCCCGUGCAGUGCCCUUCCUGCGCUGCAAGCAAGGGAGUCCACCCCCUCGACCAUCACCCCGGAAACCCUCGCCUCGUUUGACUUUUGGGUUCAAUAUGCCGCUGCGGCCUACUGCGAGCCCAACUACAUCGCGCAGGCGGGCCAGAAGCUGGCCUGCUGGGCGGGCAACUGUCCGGCUGUCGAAGCAGCGGAUACCACUAUCCUGCUGGACUUUUCCAACGCCACCAUAACCGACACAGCGGGCUUCCUCGCCGUCGACCACACGCACUCCUCCCUGAUCCUCGCCUUCCGCGGCUCCUACUCCGUGCGCAACUGGGUGACCGACGCGACCUUCCUCUACACCGACCCGCAGCUCUGCCCCGGGUGUUUCGCCGAACUGGGCUUCUGGAGCGCCUGGACGAAUGUACGCGCCAACAUCACCGCCGCCCUGACGCGCGCCCGGGAACAAUAUCCGACCUACUCUCUGCAAGUCGUCGGCCACAGCCUGGGGGCCGCCAUCGCCACCCUGGCCGCCGCCGACCUCCGCGCGACGGCCGGCGAGACCGUCGAGCUCUACGCCUUCGCCUCCCCGCGCGUCGCCAACCCCGUCCUGGCGCAGUACAUCACCGCGCAGGCCACCCAGCAGCAGAAAGGCGCCAAUUACCGGUUCACGCAUACGGUCGAUCCCGUGCCGAAUCUGCCCUUGCUGGCGAUGGGGUACUCCCAUGUCAGUCCGGAGUACCAUAUCACCGCGCCAGAUAAUAGCACGGUGGUGGCCAGUCAGGUGGUGGUGUAUAGUGAUGGGGAUUAUGUGCGGGGGAAUACCGGGGUGGGGGUGCCGGAUCUGCUGCGGUUCGAUGCCCAUCAUUGGUAUUUUGAGCGGGCAGAUGCGUGUAUAGAGUCAGGGUUGCCUUGGCGGUAA